GCUACUGGUUGCAGUCCCAGGACACAACGUGUUGCUCCCUGCUGCACUUCUACACUUCCAGCGGCUCUGCUGUAAACCCUGUAGGCCACAUGCAUUAGGACUUAAAAAUUGUAGAUGUGAUAACAGAAUAGGUGUCUCUCCUGAUUUAACAAAUCAUCAGGACAUAUGAAUGAAAUCAUAUCACAGACAACGGGGACAGAGAGAGACAGAACACGCCAUUGCAUUAGGAGGUUCCUGUCCUGCUCUAACUGUCAGAGCCUAAUGGUGGCUUUUAAAGGUAUCUGGACAAAAAGCUUCUGGAGGGCUGUGUCAGGAGAAUACCUGGCCAGCAUCAUCUUUGUGCUUCUCAGUCUUGGCUCCACUAUCAACUGGGCUGGUGGGGAGGAAAAGCCCCCCCCGGCUGACUUGGUGCUCAUCUCCCUUUGCUUCGGCCUCAGCAUCGCCACCAUGGUUCAGUGUUUCGCCCACAUCAGCGGAGGCCACAUAAACCCAGCUGUCACUGCAGCAAUGGUUGUAACUAGAAAGCUGAGCCUGGCAAAAGGUAUGUUCUAUGUAGUGGCUCAGUGCCUGGGAUCCAUCACCGGAGCUGGGAUUCUCUACGCAGUCACACCUGCAGAUGUUCGAGGAUCUCUUGGUGUGACGAUGGUAAACUCCAACAUCUCAUUAGGACAUGCCCUUCUGGUGGAGCUUUUUAUCACAUUUGAACUUGUCUUCACUAUCUUCGCUUCGUGUGAUCCCAAACGCACAGACCUAAGUGGCUCUGCAAGCCUAGCAAUUGGCUUUGCAGUAGCUAUAGGACACCUAUUUGCAAUUCCUUACACCGGAGCCAGCAUGAACCCAGCUCGUUCCUUGGGGCCGGCAAUGGUCACACUUAACUUUGAGAACCACUGGGUAUACUGGCUGGGCCCCAUUCUGGGAGGAACCUUUGCUGCAGCUUUGUAUGAAUACCUUUACUGUCCUGACCCUGAGGUGAAGAAGAGGCUGAAGCAAGUCUUUAAGAAAGACUCGACAGGGAAGUACAAAGUGGUGGAAAGUGAUGAGACCGUCAUCAAGCCAGGCUCCAUUCAUAACAUCAAUCUAGCAGAGAAAGUGGAGAAGAUCGAUCCCUUCCAGGAGUCAUCGGGAGAAGUACUGUCCUCUGUAUGACUAUCACGUGCACUGGAAAUGGAGACCAAUUUGUAAAGAAGAAUGACAAUCAAACUUUGGGAUAUCCAUCUUGAUGAUGUCCCCCUGAAAAGCGGAAUAUAAUUUCUGCCAGAGACACAACAAGGCUGUAUUACUUCUACUGUCAUAAAGUUAAUGCAUUACAGCUAAAUCCUCAAAAUAUCUGCAACCGAUUCAAUACUCUUCCCCAGGAACCCUCUGAAUGAUUGUUUCUGCACACAAUACACCCUGCUAAAAUGAUAGCCAGUGCUGCAUUGUGGUAGGGAAAUAUGUGUGCGGGGGUCAGCAAAUUAAGAGGGGUCAUCUUGCUGCAUUGGAGGAGUUAGGAGGAAUAUGCACCCUUGUUAUUUUUGGAUUAGUGUCACAUUUGUUCUGCCUUCUGUAUGUGUAAUAAAAGACAGGAUUGUCCUUGUGAUCAUUAAGCACAUUACGGAUGCAAAGUAAGACAGCUCUGACAAGCUGCAAGAGCAGAGCUAUAUCACAGAUCUCCCCAUUUUCAGUGUAUUAAUCAGGGAAACAGCUUGUUAUGCUUUCUGCUACUGUGCUGUCUGUUACUGUAAAACUUUUUUUAAUUUUCUUUUUAAUGCAAUUUUUGAUGCUUUGUAGAUAAUAUCUAUUUUUUGUAGCACAUGUUAUUACAUGAAUGGGAUAGUACCUUCUUCUAGCCCCCCAUCCCACCCUAAAUAAAACAAAUGCCAUAGAGCAACUUCA